AUGGAGGCCAGAAUUGAAGAACUCGCGUUGUGCAUCUUCAAAUCUCCCUCAAAUGAAGAGAGGAAGGCUGCAGAAGCUGAAAUUGCUCAGUUGGCAGAAACAGUUGAGUUCUAUCAAACAGCUUUUCAAAUAAUUGUCUCUCAUUCAAACAAAUCAGUUCGUCAAGAAGUAAUGGUGUGGAUAACUAAGUAUUUUAAGAGUGUUCCACCUGAAUUAAAGCAAUUCUGCUUCGAAUCUUUUAUCAAAUCACUGCCAAACAUCGAUCGUACACAUUUAAACUAUGCAGAGAAGAUGGCCAAUGAAUGGACAGAGGAAUACAUCAAAGUAUUCGGCUGGCCAGCAGUUCGAGAAAAAAUUAUUUCUCCAGAGAACCAACUAUCAUCAUUAAUGCUUGCAAAAGCAGUUUGCAAGGAAUUAAAGCGUAAAAGGAAUCAAACUCUUGAGUUAUUUACUGACUUCGCCGUUGAAAUUUUUCCAAUUUUUGUUCAAAUUCUCGAAUCACAAGACUUUUACCUUAUUCAAAUGGCUUUUCAUAUAGCAAACAGACUAAUUAAGACAUCAGAAACAGCAGGACCCUCAAAACAACUCAAAGAAUUCAUUGAACCAAUAUCUGAACAAUUUUUACCGAAUUUACAACCAUUUUACAACUAUUCAAGCAUUUUACUUAACAUUCAGAAAACAAUUGAGUACGAAAAACUGACGGUUGAAAUUUUGAAAUUUUUAUCAAAUUAUGUAUACAUAAUCAAGCAUUUUCUUGAUGAAAACACAUUGUCACCGAUUCUCUCAUACAUGCAGUCCAUCUUUACAUCUAAUUUAUCCUCAAAAUCCAUAGGAAAAGCACUUGAAUUAUUAUAUUCAAUAACUUUCAGGGCAAAAGUAGUUUCUGUCCUCUCAGAAAACGCGGAAUACUUUGUAAGCAACGUAUUCGCACCUUUCUUUGUUCUCCAACCUGCAGAAAUCGAGUUCAUGGAAACUGAUCCGGCAUUAUUCGUCCAAACAAUCGAAAAAGAGGGUAAUGAUUGGUGCGAUCCACGUGCUAGUGUCUCCCACAUCAUUAAAAAGUCAAAUCAAAUUGGUUUGACAGCUGUUUUCGAAAAUUUAUUUAAUUAUUUGACAACAACUUUACAAAACGCAGAGAAUUCAUCGCAAAUAUUCUCAGCAUGCGAUAUGUUCUCAUCCUCUGUAUACAAAUUCGAUCCACAACAGUUCUCAGAGUUAAUUCCAACUUUAUGCGAAUUAUGUGACAAUGAAGACUUCGUAAUAAGAGCCGCAGCGUUCAAAAUUCUUAGUAAUGCCGUGAACUGUAAGUCUACGAUCAAUGCGAUUGAAGUUUGCUUGAAUCAUUUGAAUGAUGAAGCGAUUUUGGUUUCUUACUACGCCAGUGUAUCAUUAUCUUUGACCUUCAGGACAAUCAAGAACUCUGAGAUGAAGGACGAGCUCUUGGAAAGCCUCAGAAAGAAUAGUGUUGAAAUUGUCGACAUUUUCCUUAGAAUCAACACAGAAUUCAACAAUGAAAACAUUGCUUACUCAUUAAUGGAUAUAUUAGAGUUCUUUUCCGAUGAUGUUCUACCUUAUGCAGUUUCAAUUUCCGAAAAUUUGCUUAAAUUAUACGAAGAAACGAGCAAAAGCAACGAACAACAAGGCGAAUCAUUAAUCCCGCAUUCAAUCAACACCCUUAUCGAAUGCAUGAAGAAGAUGCCUGAUAAUACAGACUCAUUAAAAGAAAUUUUCUCUCAUUUGUUACAAACUACAGAAAACCUGAUCGGCGUUUGUGACCUCGAAGAAAUUUUCAGAAUCGGCAGUCGAAUUGUGUAUAAUUCAACACAUUUCGAUCCAUUGUAUUGGGAAAUAUUACCUUAUAUACAAAGAAACUUAGAAAUCGAAGAUUUUCUUUGUAGUCGAAUUCGUCCACUUCUUUCGUUCCUUAUCGACAGGGAUACCAAUAUAAAUGAAAGAGGUGUUGUUCCUAUCAUCUUAGAGCUCCUCCAUUCAUGUUAUCAACGCGAUGAAUCUGAUGGAUCGGAUAUCUUAAACAUUGUUGCAGGAUUGACCGUCAAGACUGGUCAAUUAGAGAUCAUGCAAAACUUUGCCGAUGUUAUCGCUGCCGUCUACAAUGAAGAUAAGAUGAUUUACGAUGGCGGAGUUGAUUCUUGUGUUUCUGUCAUACUUUGCAUGUCAGAUUUUCAAGGGAUGUCAAAUUUGUUUGGUGACAUAACUAAUGAGAUGUUAAGUGAAUGGUCAGAGUGUGAAGAAUUUCCAUUUAAGAUACAAACAAUUAUUUCGAAAUUUAAUGAUUUUGUAAAUUUCGAUUUUAAUUUUGCAAUUAAUUGUUUGGCAUCGUCAAUUAAAGCUAUUCAUGGCCAGAUAAAUUAUAAAGAAGAUGAUGAAGAUGAUGACAAACUUGUUUUUUACGGAGAUAUGGAAGAAGAAGACGAAAAAACACAAAAAGAAAAUAACGAAGAAGAAGAUGAAGAAAAAGACAAAAUGUUUGCGUUAGAUACAAUAGGAGGAAGCUUCGGAUCUUCGGAUAUGUCUGCUGAUUGGUUCAAUCAGUCGGAACUUAUUAAAAACUUCCACAAUUUGAUGAUUUCUGUCAAAUCUAAUGAAGAAAUAAUGAAUUCUCUUUCACAACUGCUAGAACAGAGUGGUGAUGGAACUGACUACUUGAGUUGUGUAGAUCAAAUGCUUAACUACGCAAAGAAAAUUCAAAAAUAA